AUGCCGCCUCAUCUCGUGCAAGAGUUGCAGAAGUGGUAUGUGCACUACCCUGCGCUCGCAGGCGUUGCUCGUGAUGCAGCGCCUCCCCCUGUCCCUGAAGUUCAUGAGUACUCGGGGAGCGAGCUUGAUCGGCUCGCUGCGGCUGAGCAGACGGAGUUGGCAAAGAAGUGCGAGGCGGCCGCCAAGAAGGAGCGUCUUGCGUAUCAGGAGGUCCAGUGGCGGCUGGACCGCUUCAACAAGGCCAAGGCUACGAUGGAAGAGAUGCAGAGGAACCACGUCGAGGCUGAGCAGCAGCUCGAGGUGGCCAGGAAGGCGACGCGCGAGGCGGACACUGCCAAGUCUGCCUUUGAUGUCGUGGCCUACAAGACGGCGAAGGGCGAGGGCAUGGAUGUUGAUACUGUUCCUUGGCUGCGCGGCAUGCUGGUUGACUACACCUACGUGGAGGCUCACCUGCACGAGUUCACCGACGAUGACCUGUCCAAGCUCGUGCAGUACUCGGGCAUCCUGCUUCCUCAAUGGCAGCAGUAUCGACUCCACCUUCAACGGAUGCGAUCCCCUGCAGCUGAUGACGCCGCCUCUGACAUGGGCAGCGAGGUCGGUGAAGGCGACCUUGAGCAAGGGGAGCGUGACCAGCUUCGUGAGCUCAAAAAGCGUGCUGCUGACACGGGACUUGACGAGAAUGCUGCAAAGGAGUACGCCGACCUCAUCCAGAAGCGCAUCAUCGCCAAGUCGACGAAGCGUGCUCGCAUCAGCCAGAGCGUCACUUGCGACAUGUACCGCGCCUUCUGCAACGCCACCGCGAAGCAGAUGGGCCAGCACGGGGCUGGGUUUGCCCCGCCAGGAGGUGCUGCUGGUGGAGGCGCGGCUGCUUCUGAGGCCCAGCCCUCUGUUUAG